AAACACCGAACAAAAAAAAUUCCCUACAACGUCGAAAUUUUUGUUGUCCAUUUUUCUAUCAUCAAGAACAACACUCUUGUCGGCACCAUCAUAUAAAAAUUCAUCAUCAUCAUGUACGCUGCAGCACGUAGAUUUACCUCUUCUUCAACUUUGGCAUCAGUCUACAAGGCCCAAUCUGCCAAGACUCUCUUUGCCAAGAAUGCUAAAUUUUCUCAACAUAGCAACGCCAACAAGCAACUCAUGUCUCAAGUUGGUAUGGUCCAAAAGGCCUUCUCUCACGACGUAGAAAUUAGCGUUAAAUUUGUUUAUGAUGAUCAAAACGUUGUUUUGGAAUUGUUGAAGGAACACGGAGGAAAGGUUGAACAAACAUCAAACAUUAACGUUACAUACUUUGAUAAUGUUCCACAAGAUGAAGUCCUUCCAGAAGCUGCUGAAGUUGCCAAGGAUAGACCACAAACACAAGAAAGAUACACCAUGACUGCCAAGGAUUCUUGGUUGUUGAAGGAAAGUACACAAGAUUCUAUUGAAUGGAAGUGUUCUUAUCCAAAUGUCGAAGAAGGAAAGACUCACUUGGAUCAACCACUCACUGCAAGAGUUCCAAUGUAUCAAGAAGCUAUUGGAGAAAGAGAAAUUCGUAGAUUUUUAAAUUUACAACAAGAUAUGACUGCUGAAGCUAGAACUGGUACAAAGUUGCCAUCUUUGGAUGAAGAUUUGCGAAAGAGAUUAAGUAUUGUCCCAUUCGCCAAGAUUGACUAUACUGAAACUACUGUAUCUGUAUCACCAUCUAUUAAUUAUGCUAAUAUUAAUGUCACUUUGAGAGAUGCUUCUUUCGGAUACAAAUUGGGUACUCUUAAAUGUAGUGUUCAAAAUAUUAGCAGAGAAAUGGCUGAUGAUUUGGGUGUACAUUUGUUGCGUUUGUUCGAAUCCACUAAAUUGAACAAGUUAAUACAACCACACGCUAGAUCUAUUGUUGAAGAAUACUUGUAUAGAACUCGUCAAGGAACCCACUACAAGACUCUUUUGGAAGCUGGUAUUCGUGAUGAUAAGCUUAUGGAUCCUGAAACUGCCAGAAAUGAAAUUAAUGCCAUGUUGGAAAAGCAAGGAAAGUCACCACUCGCUGAACCAGAAGAAAACUAAAUUUCUCUCUCAGCAAUAAUUUUCACUGUGUAAUUAAACCUAAAAUAUUUUAU